CUCUACAGAAUAAAAAUGUUUAGAUUUCGGGAGGGGAGUGGGUGGGAGGAGAUUACAAAGGAGCAGGUUGGAGGAGAGGGGGAAGGUGGAGAUAAAAAAAAGAAGGUGGUGUUGAUGGAUGUGGAGGCGAUGGUCGUGGUUCGAGGGGGUGGUUUACGACCAAUGAAAAGGGUUUACGCAACCGCUCAAUCAAACGGAGAUCUGAAUUUAUCAGAUGUCAGUCCCGGUGACUUCCUUUUUACUGUGGGAACGGAUAGUACAACUGGAGAGAAAGUUGGCAUCGAAGUUAAGAAGGACGAUAUUGUGAAAGGACAAAAGAUACAGAUUUCCAAACUGUAUGCAUUACUCUGGAAGGACUGUCACCGCAGAAUUAGGGAUAUAACUUACGGUGAAACUCAAUUCCGAGAUACGGCUAGGGCAUCAAACAAUGCUAUUGUCAAUGCAUACAAAGUAACUGGUGGAUGCUCUCUACUCGAUGAUAUUGAUCCUACGUUGACUGUUGAACGAGAGGACUACGUCGAAUUUCCAAUUUUUGGUUUGUUGCCGUAUGAUAUCAUCCAGCUCAAGCAACACCGAAAAAGAAAGGACGAGUUAGCUGGUAGCAUAAUGAAUGUCAACUGCACGCAUAUUCUUAGAAAUAUUGGUUCGCGUUUAAACAAUAUAAUCGACUCCAGGGUUGCAAAUCUUGUUGUUGAGGCGGACAUGGAUAAGGAGAAAGAGGAGGAAGAAUUAAUUGUUCGGGUAACCCCAAAGAUAAAAAAAAUUACACAACCUGGGACUAUGAAAUACAAGUGUUAUGAGGAUAAUUGCCAAUUUCAGUGUGAAAGACCAAGUGAACUUAAGAUACAUGCAGCAAAACAUACUGGUGAGAGGAAUUAUGUGUGUACCGUGUGUUUGUCAACAUUUAAAUACCCCAGGGGUUUGAAAAGCCACAUUGAAGCCAAGCACAAAAUUGGUUCCCCUGCGCCCCCAACCACAACUAAUCUUCAAGGUUCGCAUAAAAAGAGUCACCUCACCACCUCCAAUGCCCCUGCGACUGUCACUUCCAGUGCCAUCCAACAAAAGAACUCAUUGCUACAUUGUGGAGGAUUUUCUCAAAAAAAGAAACCAAACGUCGUCGUUCUAGAUGAUCUUGUCAGCAUCCCAUCCAAGAAACCAUACCUUGCCAAAGAAAACGAAGAUUCAGAUUUGGUAAUGCAUAAUCUCGCCCUCAUACAAGAAAACAAGGAUCUGAAGAUACAACUGGGGGAAGUACCGGGUGAGAAUGUAGAACAAGCAGCUAAGAUUAAAAUGCUUGAAGAAAAAGUUGUCAAAUUAGAGAACAAAGUGACGGCUUGGGGACCGGAGAGGGCUAAACUGAAUAAGGAGUUGGCCAUCCAUCGCCGGAAUAUUAAGAACGCCCAACCUGACCCACGUGUCCCAAUGCAUAAUUUAACAAAUAAACACUCUAACUAGUUACUUUUGUUCACAAAAAUAGUAAUAAAUAAAAGUACAUUGGACUCUCCUCG